AUUUCAUCGUACUUUGAAGUUCCUGGUUUCUUAUCAUGGGGUGUAAAGUGAAGUACCAGUUUCCACUUCUCGUGCUUUGGCUGCUUACUUUGUGCUUUGAUGAUAUUUCUGGUUUUUGGAGGUCUGGCUUUCCUCACAAAGCAGUAGUAAUACAGAAAGAGAGUGCCGUACAGCAAAGAGCGGGGUCGCCCGAAACGGUAUCUGCACAAUGCACUGAGUGGGAUGUUAUGGUGACCAUCAACCCUGAUCUGCUAGGCAUUCAGCAUCCUGUCCAGGCGUCCGAUUUGUCAGUAGGAGGAUGUGGCGUGACCAGCCAAACGCCAACGGCCUUCGUGAUUGAGGCUCCGCUUCAGGGCUGUGGCAGCAUCAUUACGAUGCUUGCUGAUGAAAUAGUGUACACCUUCACCCUUGACUACAACCCCUCUCCUCUUCCUGGAAUUCCCAUUAUACGAACCAACCCAGCUGUGGUGCAGAUUGAAUGCCAUUACCCCAGAAACCACAAUGUCAGCAGUAAUGCAUUGAAUCCCACUUGGGUCCCAUAUACCUCCACCAUAUCUGCUCAGGAUUCUUUGGGAUUCUCUCUGGUUAUAAUGAACAGUGACUGGAGUGGACCAAGUUCCUCCAACAUAUUCUAUCUAGGUGACCUCAUCAACCUGCAGGCAUCUGUCGACAGCACUAACCAUGUGCCUCUGCAGCUCUUUGUGGACAACUGUGUGGCUUCAGAUGGUUCUGCCCUAACAUACACCUUCAUUGGGAACAAUGGAUGCUUUACAGACAGCAAAGUGACUGGCUCCAAUUCCCAGUUCAUCACUCCCAGAAUUGCUCCAUCUACCCUCCAAUUUGAACUUGAUGCCUUCAGAUUCUAUGGUGUGGCUACAAGCUCAGUCUUCAUUACCUGUCGUCUGAAGGUGACUUUGGCUUCCCAGGCCAUUGACAACUUGAACAAGGCCUGCACCUACAUAACUGGACUGAGCCAGUGGACAUCUGUAGAUGGCAGUAACCAGGUAUGUAGCUGCUGUGAUGCCAAUUGUGCUACUGGCCAAAAAAGGAGGAUUGAGAUGGCAAGACGCAGACCAGGGAGGAGUGUAAAAACAAUACCAGCUGAAUGGGAGAAGACCCUUGUGGUUGGCCCCUUAUACCUGGAAAAGAAGCCACAACCUGCAGUAUCUGAACAUCUGACCUCUACAGGACAGAGUCCAUCUGGUUCCUUUGUGCUGGUCCUGGGUUCAAUGCUGGUUGUAUUGGGUCUGGCAUGUUCAGCUUUUCUUCUGUUCCUUUUGUACCAGAAACCUCAUUUCUAAUUAAAAUGAAUGGAUCAUGUU